UAAAGCAUGGCCGAGUGUUAUUGUGUUAUUGCAUGAUGAUUACUGAAUAUUUUUAGAAUUUCAAACGUUUGUGACAUGAAAAGGUUUUUAGAAUUGAGUAGACUAGCUAAAGUGAGGUUGUAUCUACCAAAGAAACACAUUUAUAAACAUCUGGUUAGAGUGGACAGAGGUGAAAGGUGUUUUUUGAAGGUUCAGGAGAGCUUCAGUAUAAAAAUAAAAAACACUACAAUUUUUAACUCCGUCAGAAGUCAAAAAAUAUUGUCUAGAGACAAAUCAUUAUCGAAUGGUCUUAGCUGGAUUCAAAUUCUAUCCAAAAAGAUGUCAAAUCCAAGCGAAAUUUUAAAUCCACCACUUUCCACGAAGGGCAUGAAAAUUUUGGAUAAAGCAGCGUUUAAAAAACAGUGCAGAUUUCCUGGGUUGAAAAUUCCAGUUAGAUAUGUGGGAAAAUUAAACAAAAAAAUGAAGCAGAGUUUGGUAAAGAUUCCAAGGUUGAAAUGUAUCGCAGAAUUAGGUGAGAACGACGCCCAGAAUAAAAGUCAUAAAUUAUUUCUCUUCGAUCCAGCGAAGAUUAAAUCGUACAAAGACUUCAGCGAUGAGGAGCAGCGUGCUUUAACAGAAUUUGAAAUAGAUUUUAAGAACAUGGAAUGGUUUGAUACAGAACUGGGUUAUGACAAUUGGUCUGCGGCUGAAUUAACCAGAGCGGUUUUACCAGAUCAUAUUGAAGAUGGUGUGACAGGUUUUUCAAUCGUCGGACAUAUUGCUCAUCUAAAUUUAAAAGAUGAGGUCCUAGAGUAUAAACACGUAAUAGGAGAAAUUUUAUUAGAGAAAAAUCCAUCAAUACGAACAGUGGUCAACAAACUGAAUGUCAUAGACAACACUUUCAGAAACUUUCAGAUGGAACUUCUAGCUGGUGAACAAGAUUAUAUCACUACAGCAAGAGAAAAUGGUUGUGCUUUUGAAUUUGAUUUUUCAAAAGUUUAUUGGAAUUCUCGUUUAGGAUCAGAACACAAACGUCUGGUGGAUAUGAUAAAUAAAGGAGACGUUCUGUACGAUGUCUUCGCUGGUGUUGGUCCGUUUUCAAUCCUCGCUGCCAAAAAAGGCAUAGAAAUAAUUGCUAACGAUCUUAAUCCAGAGUCUUUCAAAUCACUCGUGAAAAAUAUAAAACUGAAUAAGAUUUCGGCGGAGGUUAAAACCUUUAAUAUGGAUGGUCGUGAAUUUAUUACCACAGUUCUGAAAGACGAUUUAAUUAAAAGACUGACGGAGGACGUCAAGAAUGAUUUACACGUUGCUAUGAACCUUCCUGCAUUAGCCUUAGAAUUUCUAGAUGCCUAUAAAUCGUUAUUGAGUAUGUCAGACAUUUCCGGGUUUUCUAUUGAAACGAUCGAAAGAAGGUUACCCUUCGUGCACUGUUACUGUUUCACAAAAAGUGGCGAACCUGAAAAAGAUGUUCAGGAACGAGCAGAAAGCAUCUUGGGAAUGGCCCUUCCUAAAGAUCAUGUGAUUCGAUAUGUUCGGAAUGUAGCACCAAAUAAGGAAAUGAUGUGUCUGAGUUUUAAAUUGUUUCCUGAUUUAAUUAUAGCAGCAACUUCAGAACCAGAUGCCAAGAAACAGAAAUUGUCCUAGUUAUUUUAGCAGUAAUUUUACGACAAUUUAGAGCAGUGAUUCUCAACCAGUGUGCGGCAAGAUCUUCCGAAGUGUGCUGCAAAAUUUUGAACGGCACACUAAGAAAAUGUAAAAAACCAUGUGAUCCCAAAUGAGUAUUCACUGGUGUCUACUGAUAAGUUCAUAGCUGUGUUUGUCUUUAUAUAGUUUGAGUCAUUUUAUGUGUCUAUAACUAGUCUCUGUCUACGGUUGUAUGCUGUUUGACUUACCAUGAUUUUAUUUUAAAAAAUUCAAAAUAUUUUUCAUAUAUUAUUUAGCCAGGUGUGCCGCUAUUUUUUCAUGUGUUCCAAGGUGUGCCGUUGGCAAAAUAAGACUGAGAACCACUGAAUGAACUUCCUCGGCCAAUGCAGGGAUCGAACACCCGACCUCCAGUCUAGCUAGCAAGCCAGCGUCUUACCUACUUAGCUUGUGAUCCCCCUACUUGUUUAGAGAGAUAACACAGUAAUAUAGCUGGUAUAAAUCUGAGAAUUGUGAUAACUGAUAUAAAUUUGAAAUGAAUCAAUAAACUAAAAGUAUGGAUAGAAAUCUGUUAUUAACCUAACAUGAUUGAUUACACAUCAAUAAAGAAAUCAAUUGAAAAUACUGAAUUGUAAAUUCUAGAUGACCAAAACCUCCAUUAAAAUGGAUUGAUUAAAACACAGAUCCUAUUUCUUUUUGUUUUUAUAGUUCAAAUUUCUGUUUUACUUGUCUUUACUACACUAGGAUCUGGAAAAGUUGUUAUAUAACAUGCAUCCUGGUUGAAGUGAGGGAUUAGUGUUGCCUGUUUAACCUCGUAGGUUUUCUCCGGUUUCCUCCCACUGCUAAAGACCUCUACGCGCAAGUGAUUAUUGAAAUUAAAUUAAACCAUGUGUUAGUCCCGAAAUGACCUAGUUUGUGUGGAGUGGAGUUAAACCCCAUCUCUCUCUCUCUCUCUCUCUCUCUCUCUCUCCUAUUUAAGGGAAACAUUAAUCAAUUCUGUCUUUGAUAUGUUCACAUUCAGAUGUGAUUUUUGAAAGGAACUGUCCAAGUACUAGAACAAUUACAAAUCGUUCUUUUUCAGACCGAGUUGAGAAAUAGGAGCAAACAUGUUUUCUUUUUAGUUUGUUUUUUCACAUUCUGACUUCCAUAUC